CCACAACAAACGGAGUAGUCAUAGCGAAGUCCCAAGCAAACCUUGCUAUCCCGCUUCAUUUAGUUCAACUAUAAGAAGAGACAAAGAAACAUGUCGUACCCAGGGGAAGGAACACACAAGAUGUCCAUGUACGGUCUGAAGAACUGGUCACCUGGCGAGCAGAAACUACAGUGGCAGGAGUACGUCAAUCGUGAAAAACGGCUGGAGAAGAACCACCUCGCGACGCGAGGGAGGCUGGGAAAGCCUAACAUCGUACUGACCGAGGAAAUGCUGAAAUCUAACAUGACGGUCUACAAUAACAACAAAGAGCAUCAAGAGAAAAGUGCGUACGAACGUCUGUUUAACCAGGAGUCUGACUACAACAGCAAGCUGCACCGUGAUGACAGACAGCACACCGUGGGGCUCAAUGUCCACGCGGAGGAGACCUCCAAGGCGGUGCCCCUGCGGAGCUCCUCUCAGUACGGCUUCUUGUUAAACCGACCGUGCGACCCGCCCAUGCGGGGAGAGUACGUGCGAGUCGCGCAUGUCUUCAAGGGGUUCUACCGUGACAGGGGCGUCAACCUCCCCACAAGCCAUGACUGAACCGUCCCUAAAAUCCACCUCGACUCAGCCAACAAGACGUUAACUUUACUUCUGACAUCUGGCGCGAAAUUUAUAUUAAUGCGUAGUUUGUUUAAUCAACUUUUCAUAAAUGUUUCCAUAUCGCAAAAGUAUUAUGUAUCCGUAAUGUCAUAAAUAGAACAUGUCAGACACCAUUUUCAUAUAAGUAUGCUACUUGUGUUAAUCUAACAUUAUACAAGCCUGGUGGAACACACGGCA